AUGGAUACGUUCAUGACAGCACCCAUGGAUCUCUGUGCAUCUUCCCCUGUCAAGGGGCCAUCAUUUAGAACAUCCUUCUCUGUGGCAUCCAAACUGAUCACACAGAACAGGUUCUUGCCAGCCAUGUUGUCAGCUGUGGCCCAGGCCCAAGACUUGAAGAAGCCCCAAGCACAGCUGGUCAAGUCCACUCUUACCAAGAAGCGCGGACACACUUCACUCAGUGACCGCGACAUGAUUCAUCAACUUGAAGCCAAGCAUCGAGCAGAGAUGACCAAGAGAAGAGAUCCUUGGAACAAAAGUUGUGGUACAACACCAAGGAGAGCAAUCCCACCCUGCAUUCGAUCAUCCUGCGCUCCACCCAAGUUGGCUGCUUUGGCGAAGAUGAAAAGGCAAGGAAAGCAAACACUUUCGUCGACGAAGCUCUAUGGAUGCGUUCGUGACACCCAUGGAGCUCUGUGCAGCUUCCCCCGCCAAGGGGCCGUCAUUUAG